CCAGCCAGCCCAGUCGCAUACGUGUCUCCCUGCUGAUCGGAGCUCGAGCGGGCUGUGUCGCGUCCUGCCACCCCCGCCACUCGCCCCGCGCCCCGCGCCCGCCUUGCGCCCCGCCCCGCGCCCCGACGUGCGUCGUCAGUUUGUUUACAUGAUGCCCCUGCCCCCCGGGCCCCUCCCAGUGCGCCCCCAGUGAGUGUCAGUGGUUGUCAGUGACGUGCUAGUGAACAGUGACCCCGUGCCGCCCCCGCCGCCGCCCGCCGCCGCCAUGGAGGACGUGCACGGUGACCUACUCGACUGCGGCUUCGAGCUGGAGCCCCAGACUCGCGCCCGGUCCAACACAUGGCCGCUGCCACGGCCGGAGAACUUCGUGGACAUGAUGAAGGAGGAGGGCGACGAGGCGCAGUGCGCGGGCAUGACCCCCAACAUGUGCCUCGGCCUCGGCGGGCUCGGCGACCUCCAGGUCGGCCAGGUGCCGGGCGCGCCGCCGCUGCCGGGGCUCGGCGCGCACCCCGCGGCCGCGGCCGCCGCCGCCGCCGCGGCCAAGAAGAACUCGACGCGCCGCAACGCCUGGGGCAACCUCUCGUACGCGGACCUCAUCACACAGGCCAUCACCACGGCCCCCGACAAGCGGCUGACGCUGUCGCAGAUCUACGAGUGGAUGGUGCACAACGUGCCCUACUUCAAGGACAAGGGGGACAGCAACAGCUCCGCCGGCUGGAAGAACUCCAUCCGCCACAACCUGUCGCUGCACAACCGGUUCAUGCGCGUGCAGAACGAGGGCACGGGCAAGUCCUCCUGGUGGAUGAUCAACCCGGACGCCAAGCCGGGCAAGUCGGCGCGCCGCCGCGCCACCUCCAUGGAGACCUCCAAGUUCGAGAAGAGGCGCGGGAGGGUCAAGAAGAAGGUGGACGCCAUGCGGAACUGCCUGGGCGCGACGGACGCGUCCCCGUCGCCCUGCUCGUCCGUGUCCGAGGGCCUGGACAUGUUCCCGGACUCGCCCCUGCACUCCAGCUUCCAGCUCAGCCCCGACUUCAGGCCGCGCGCCUCGUCCAACGCGUCGAGCUGCGGCCGCCUCUCCCCCAUCCCCUCCGUGGAGCCCGACUGGGGCCCCAGCCCCUCGUACUACGCGGCCGACGCCCUCGCCGGCAGCCUGGAGGCCACCAUGAAGCUGCACCCAGCCGACCUGUACCCGGGCUUCAGCGGGUCGGGGUCCCAGCAGUCGCAGCAGCAGUCGGAGCCCGCGGGGCCGCCGCCGCCCUACCAGCCCGCCUUCGACGUGUCGUACCCCAGCCCCGGCUCGGCCGGCAGCGGCGCGGGCGGCGGCGCCCCCUCCGGCAGCCUCUCCUUCUCCACCGGCGCGUGCCCCGUCCACCGGCUGCAGGGCUGCUCCUGCAUGCUGCACUGCGCCCCCGAGAGCGUGUCCCCCGGCGGGCCCGGCAUGUCGCCCACCUACCAGCGGUCCGAGCCGUCCCCCGACAGCUCCUUCCAGCCGCAGCGGCCGCCCCAGCCACAGCAGCCGCCGCCGCCCUACCAGCCGCAGCCGCCCUCCCCCGACGCCCUGGGCGACCUCGGCGACGGCCUCCCCGGCGGCGCCGACUCGGCGGGCUGCAGGUCCCCGCGCGCGGGCCAGGGCCAGCCCCAGGGCCAGCUGCCGCCCAUCGGCUCGCUGACGGACGCCAUGUCCGCGCCCACCACCAUGAUGGGCCAGCUCAUGGCGGGCGCCCUCAACCCCUCCCUCCUCGACGACCUCAACCUCAACAUCGAGGGCGGCUUCGAGUGCAACGUGGACGAGGUGAUCCAGAACGAGCUGAGCUUCGACGGCAACCUGGACUUUAACUUCACCCAACACAUGCCGCUCCAGCAGGCGGUGACCAGCGUGCCCCAGGCCGGCGCUCAGCACGGCGCCUCCACGCAGUCGCCCUACACCUCAGUGACCUCGGGACACUCGUGGGUGCACUAAGCGCGCGACGCACCAGGCGGCCCCUGGUGGUCCCCGUCCGGGCCCGGGCUGAGCGCGCAGCUCUGCGCCACGGUGUGACCGCGUGACGGUGUGACGGCGUGACGGCGUGACGCCACGUGACGUGACAUCUCCGUCACAUCCUGGUGACCUAGUCAGUCUGCGGCGAGCCCCUCCCCGCGGCCCGCGCGACACGUGCGUCAAGAUUUAGAAAAUUAUUCGUGGAGUCUGGACACUCAGUGCACUUUGUAGACGCAAUCGCGACGGUGCGAGACCUAGCUCGGUGCUCCAGUCCUGCAGCUCAAAUACUUGCAGUGUGAAUUAGUGAUUAUUAUUAUUACAAUGUGUCUACUAUUUACAUAUACCGUUGCUUAUUUCUAAAAAAAAGUUAAAUUGUCUUGUAAUGUGUUGUUUGGAAGAAGGCAGCUACUCCUGACUGGAUUCUGAAUCAAAUCCACAAACCUCUUUAAACUGUAUUUCAUAUUACAAGUCCCUUUUUUUACUGUUGUUUAUUGUUGCUGCCUUUGAUUUAAGUUCCCCCUCCCUUCCUAUGUGUUGCCAAUUUAGAUUAAAAUUACAAGCUAAUAUUAUAAAUAGCUACAUGUUUUUAUCAUAUGAUGAAUUUAAGAUGUUUUUGUUGUUGUUGUUCUUUUUUUUUAAAUUAUAAAGCUAAAUUUGUUUUCUAAAAACUUCUUGGCAACUUGUCUGUAGGUGUGGAAAUGUGGUAAAAUCAUUUUGCAUGUGACAUGAAGGCAGUACGUAUGUGCGUAUGUAGUUGUGGGAAAUAUUUGUAAAUGGGUUGGGGUGCCUGUGGUGAAGAGGAUUAUCAACUCUCUGAGUAGGCAGUGUAUGUGGGUGUGAAUGUAUAUCAGUGUGUGAAUGUAUAAGCAUCACCCCAAAUUAAAGUCAUCAAUGUUGACCAUUCCGCAAAUUUUAGACCACGUACGAAAAAGUGCCAAGAAACUUGACAGAAACGUAUGUAACUAUAGGGGAAUAAAGGUCCUCUCACUGGCUCAUCACUAAUUAUACAGGCAUCUAAUGCCUAUUAUCGACAAUUUUGUUUUCUAUUUACUUAUGUAUUUUAUUACUUGUUUGCCAAAUGAGAAUGGCUUUUAUUUCAUACCUUUCAUGGUUUGGAAUACUUUUCAUUUUUAAGUACAAAUCAUUCAUAGAUUAAUGCUUAUUAUUUUUGUAUGAUCAGUUAAACUGAUCUCACCACAUCUUUCUGAUACCCAUACUUGAGUGUGUCUACCUUGAUGCUGUUAUAGUUUAGUUUAAACACAAGCUUGGUGUGAUAUCUGUACAUGAUAAUUAAAGUCAAUUGUAAACAUUUUGCAUUCAUUUCCUGUUUUACAUAGGAUAGAAUAUGUUUUCCUCUGCCAAUACUUAUAUGCACUAGUGUACCACAACAGGAAGGUAGUAGGCGUAGAGCAGUAUUGAAAUUUUGCAACAAGUUUAUCUUUUACUGACCAAAAUUUGAACAAAUUUGGGUUUUUACCCCCUUCUGUUUCUAUGUGUAUUCAAAAUUAGUUAUCACACAUGUUGGACUUAAUGUGUUCUAAACCUGUUUGAACCAAUCAGGAUUUGAAAAUCUGUUGUGUACCUCAGCAUCCUUCUCUUUUAGAAUUGAUCAUUAUUAAAAGCAUGGUCAUUUACUGACAGAUAUAUCUGUAUAUGUGUCCAAAACAUGGAGAUGAAUUAUUUCUUAUUUAUACAUAUUCACUACAAUAGAGGGGUGCUGUAAUAGUUUGUUUGAUUGUAAUUCCAGUGACACCCAAGUUUAUUGAAUGUUUGAGUUAAUGAUUUCUAAGCUGUCAUAUGUACGUAUAUUUGCAAUGGUUGAUAAAAUUUAUAUAUGAUGGAGAGUUUUUUUGCCAUGUUAAUGGUUAGUGAAUUCUUUCUCAUUUUGUGUUAGGCCUAUUAAUUUCACAUUAAUUCAGAUCGUUAUUGUUUUUUUGUUUGUUUUGUUCUUGUUUUUUCCCCCUUAUUUUCUCUGCUGACCUUUCACAUUUAAUCACACAAUAUUGAGAUUGUGAUCACAUGUGAAAGGUCAGUGUAAAAUUCUAUUGUUUCCGUUUUGAUUUCUAUUUUUAUUUGCUCAAAAUUACUACAUUGUUUAUAUUAUAUUGAUGCUUUUUUACUGCCCUUAUUUCUGUUACAAUCCUGGAUCAAAACUGUCUGCAUCAGGAAGUGUCUUACAAUUACUCAAUCGCUGACAGUUUUAUUUUCUUGUUUCAGUAAUUCUUCCUUUUGGUACAGUACUUACUUGCAUAUCAGCCUGGAGGUCUAAGGAGACUUCUUAAACUCUUGAUCAAAGUUAUCUUACACCCAAAGUUGUGUCAGUGAAUGUGUCCGUUUUUCAAAUCAGUAAUUUAAUAGUUGACCACUGCUCUUUCCACAAGCAAAAUGGAAAAAAAUGUUAAAAAUUUGAUUUUAUGUUUUAUUUGUGUAUUUUUUGUUAUAUCUAGUUCAUAGAUUUGUAUUGUUGUGUUCUACUGUCAUUCUCUUAGUAUUGCAAUUGUGUAAAGCCAGUGGAUGAGCAGGUGAAGUGCUCAAUAGUGCGUCACAAUCAGUUUCCCAAACAUUCCUGGGGACUCGACUGUGAUCGGCUCUCUGUUCUGGAGGUGUAUGCUCAGUGCUGAAUGUUUAUUUGUUGUAGUCAACAGUCAAGGAAGACGUGUUGCUUUGUCAGUCAAAACCAAGAGGUGCUUCGUAAAGUGUUUGCCAGCAUGCCUGAAUUGGAAGUGGAUGCGGGUUAUCUAGUCAGCCCUCGUCAGGCCCCGACCCAGACCCAACAGUGUAGCGCUGAGAGUGCAAUCAAGUGGUGAUAUCCACAACUAUGCUAGGAUAGAAGAAACGAAUUGUGAUUUGAUUGUUGGAAAGCAGGUUACUUAAAGUAAUAUGUGGUAGGAAAGCUAUGUACAUAAUGUUUGUGCCAUGUUAUUGACAAAAAAUUCUCUUUAUGAUACAGGACAUCCUAUCUUUGUUGUUAAUUAUAGAAAAACAAACUA